GCCCUCAUGUUUCUGGCACUCCAGUGCGGUUACGUCCACUUGAGCAAGAACUAAGCUGCAAAGUGGAGUCUCAUGGCUGAGGAAAAGCAGUCCGAGGAGAAACUGUCCGUUGCUGAGGAUGACCAGGACGGAUGUGAAAGCAAUGCAGAGGAGCAGACCAUGAAGAGCGGCCCUGACCUGCUGCAGAUGCUGAAGGCAGCUGAGAGCAGGUGGGCCAGAGAGGGAGAGGGGACCGGGACCGGAGAGCUCGUCACCGAGGCGCUUAAGACUGACAUGCAAAUACAGUUGACAGAGCAGAAACAAGAAUUCAACAAGCGUCCUAUGAAGGCGGUUCCACGUUCGCUGUCUCGCUCCAUCUCGCAGUCAUCCACCGACAGCUACACUUCAGCGGGCAGCUCUGAGGACGAAACAUCUCCUCGGAAAAAGGUCCACAAGACGUCAAAAGGCGCUUCUGAUUUUGGUAUCAAGAACAUUAAACAAGCUGAUUUUGGACGUCGUGAAAUCUGCAUUGCAGAGCAAGAGAUGCCGGCCUUGAUGGUCUUGAGGAAGAAAGUGGGCGAGGAGAAACCUCUAGCCGGAGCCAAAGUAAUCGGUUGCACACAUGUAACUGCGCAGACGGCGGUUCUAAUCGAGACGCUGUCAGUGUUGGGGGCUCAGUGCCGCUGGGCCGCUUGCAAUAUCUUCUCUACCCAGAACGCUGUUGCUGCGGCUUUGGCUGAGCAAGGUAUACCUGUAUUUGCAUGGAAGGGGGAAUCGGAAGACGACUUUUGGUGGUGCAUCGAUCGCUGUGUUGGUGCUGAUAUAUGGCAACCCAAUGUGAUUCUCGAUGAUGGUGGCGACCUGACCCACUGGAUCUUCAAGAAGUACCCAAACCUGUUCAAAAAUAUACGUGGCAUCGUGGAAGAAAGCGUCACGGGAGUUUAUCGCUUGUACCAGCUCUCCAAAGCAGGCAAGUUAUGUGUUCCUGCCAUGAACGUCAACGACUCUGUCACAAAGCAGAAAUUUGACAACCUUUAUUGUUGCAAGGAGUCCAUAUUGGAUGGAUUGAGGAGAACCACAGACAUCAUGUUUGGGGGCAAGCAGGUGUUGGUGUGUGGUUAUGGUGAGGUUGGCAAAGGUUGCUGUGCUGCCCUGAAAGCGUUGGGUGCUGUUGUGUACGUGACAGAAGUGGACCCCAUCUGUGCUAUCCAGGCUUGCAUGGACGGCUUCAGAGUGAUACAACUGAGUGAGGUGGUCCGACAAGUUGACAUGGUCGUUACCUGCACAGGAAAUAAAAACGUGGUUGGCAGGGAACAUUUAGAACGGAUGAAGAACGGCUGUAUCGUCUGCAACAUGGGUCACUCCAACACAGAGAUAGAUUUGGCAAGUUUGCGCACGGCAGAGCUGCGGUGGGUGCGUGUCAGACCUCAGGUGGACCACAUCGUAUGGCCGGAUGGAAGGAAGAUCAUACUGCUAGCAGAGGGUCGUUUGCUAAAUCUGAGCUGCUCCACUGUGCCCCCUUUCGUCCUCUCCAUCACCGCCACCACCCAGGCUCUGGCCCUCAUUGAGCUCUACAAUGCCCCGGAGGGACGUUACAAACGAGACGUCUACCUUCUGCCCAAAAAGAUGGACGAAUAUGUGGCGAGUCUUCACCUCCCUGGGUUUGACGCUCACCUCACUGAGCUAACUGAUGAGCAGAGCAAGUACUUGGGCAUCAGUAAACAUGGACCCUUUAAGCCUAACUAUUACAGGUAUUGAUGCCAUGGACCCGGAACACUAUAUUUUUGGUCUGUUAUUAUUCUGAAGACUCAGUUGAAACUGCAACUAUGCACUAUUGUCUUGUAUAGCAUUUUGAAAGAAUUGUUCAGUGUGAGACAAUAGACUGUAAAUAGUAAACUGUAAUUCAAUCUAUCGCUGUCAAUGAAAAUCAGUGUGUUAACAUUACAUUAUAGCCAAUACAAGUGGACAGAAAUGUCAUAAAACGAUCAUUGAUGCUUUAUAUUGCACAGCCAAUGAACUUUAUUGACAUAUUCUUCUGUAUUACCAAUACGUGUGUGUGUGUGUCUGGUUGGUAAUCCAUGGAUUCGUAACAUAUAGUGACAGAUGGCUGCUGGAGCUAUACUCUGCUGCAAGCACGGUGUCAGGAUUCAGCGUCAGUGUGUGUCUGUCUCCGCCUUAAUAGGGAUUUUCAUUAAAGAGCUUUUGAUGCAGCAAUAUACCACUAAUCACUGGUAGCAGCUGUCCGCCGGGCUUUUCCCUUCUUCCAUGCUAAAGUUCAAUGUAAAUUAUUGUGCUUUACAUUCGACGUCAAUGACAAUGAAUGAGUUAAUUGACUGACAAUUUGUGGGACGGAAUGACUGACCAACCAACUGUGGCGUGGAGCAGUCUGAAAAAUUCACAGCCAAGCUUGCGCCGACAUUAAAAUCAAGCAGAGGUAGAGUAGCCAACUAAGAGUAGCGUUACUUCCAGUGUUGUUAAUCUUACUUUUAAAAAAGUAAUUAAUUACAGUUACAAAUUACUUCUCCCAAAAAGUAAAUGCGUUAGUAACUCUGUUACCUGAAUGUAAGAGUAAUUAGUUACUUGGCAAAGUAACUGGUGAUAAUUUUCAUGUUUUUUUUUCUUUUCAAAAAAAGAAGAAAAAAAAAAAGAGGUCACACAAUUUAAAGUUUAAAAGGUUUUUUGGGACAAUGGCGUACCGCACGCAUGCUAUUUUUGGACCGUGACGUCGCAUCGUAAAGCGGAAGUAAGGCCGAAGUGGGACAUUAUAGACCCGCCCUCGCAUAGAAACGACGCAAUUUGUGCUACUUUUCGCCGGUAAAUCUUUCAAAAACGAACAUGCCGAUCACGCAUUGCUUUUUUGGAACUUGUAGAAACGACUCUAGACAUUACGACACAUGAAGGAUGUUUACUUCAUACGUUUCCGGAAACCAAAAACUCGGGAGGAAAAAAUGUGAAGACCGAAUCAACUUGCGCGGACUUUAACACCAGCUCGGUGAAUUCGUUCACAUUUCAUAUGCAGUAAACAUGAUGUUGGGUUGGCAUGGUCUUUCAGAGUAAAAGAGGUAAGCCAUUUUUAUAUUUUUAACUUAUUUUUUAGCGUAACGUUGUGCCGUACUGCUUCUGUCUGACAAUGAAUGACCUGAAAAGAAAUACAAUGGUAUCUGACUGCCACUGUUACCAUUUCUGUUAUAUAUAUAUAUAACAACUUUAGUAAAGGGGAAGUGUAAAUAAAUUAUAGAAUUAAGAUUUGUUAUCAAUGAAAAAAUUAAAAGUGUUCGUUGGCUGUCACUGAGUAGCAUUUGUGAUCGCUACACAAAGCGAACUAAAUUACCCCCAAGAACGGUCAGAGACGUAGGACAACCAGAGGAUAUAUAAGAAAGGCAGGGCUGAUGGUAAAGGAUAGCUUGUUGAAACAGGAGAAUGUCAUUGUCAGUCGCGUUGAUAAAAAAGCUAAGGCGAUGCUUAGGUCGGCUCGUUUUUUUCGUCUUUUUCAGCCUUCGACACUCAAGCCAUCUCUUUAACUGAACAUUUUUAUGUUCUUCCACAUCUAUGCCAGUCAAUUUGGCACCAGGCACAUCAUUUUCGGAGAGAAUUGGUAGGUUUAGCUCUGUAAACAUCUCCUUCGUACAUGAUUUCCAUUCAUUUCCUAUUAGGAACAAACAGUGGCUUGUCCCUACUUAGCAACAGUAGCUAAUGUCAUGAAUAUUAAUGAGUGGAAGUGACGUGUUGCUUGCGGUACGUCAUUGGCACUAGCCCAAUUCUUUACCCUAAACUUAACUAGACACAGGGGUAUUGCGGAUAUUGUGAUAACUAAAUAGUAACCUUUGCUAUGCGUGUCAUUUAAUGUUGUGAACCAACCGUUAAAGUUGUUAAAAUUGCUCCCUUUAUUGAAUUAGUUCCCUUCUGUCUACUUUUGACAUGAGUAAGUUUUAAAACUAUUACAUCAUUUAAAGAUAGAUUUAAGUAAAAAUUUUCCCGAUUUAGGAGCAUUUUAGAUAAAAAGUUACUUAGGUUCGCUAGGAAGGUUCUCUACAACUGAGCCUUCCUGAGAAGGCUACUGCUUUAAGAUGGCGGCUGUUUACUAACGCAUCUAGUUCUUUAUUAUAAAUGUUGCUGAUGCAGCCGUGUCUGUCAUUUGCAUCUAGUUCUGUAUACAUGUGAUCUCUACCGAAGCAUCAUGUGGGCGUAGUUUGUAGGCUAUCAGCUACAGUCAGGUAUUAUUGGAGCCACCUAGCAUAGUAGCAUCGCGUUUGCAACGGCGUCACACUCCCUUGCCUCCUCCCCACUCCUGCUCUGCUCGCUCGUCUCCGUGAGUCCGUCUUUUUCAGACUUUUAUCGCGUCAGUCAACCAACAUCACAACCCAUAGUAACGCACGCCUUUCCCGCCUCAGUAACUGUAACGGCGUUGCCAAGAUUAGAAAAGUAAUGAAUUACAUUACUCGCUACGGUAGAAAAUAACGCCGUUAGUAACAGCGUUAUAUUCUAACGCCGUUAUUAACAACACUGGUUAAUUCAAUAUAAUAUGACUCAAGUAAAAGUAUAAGUAGUCAUCCAAAAAAUGUACUCAAGUACAAGUAAAAAAAAUACUUGGUGAAAAGAAUACUCAAGUAAUCAGCAACAUUGUGAGUUAGUGCUUACAUUUUUAUUUUAUUAUUUUUUUUUUUCUAACGGUAUUUUUUUUAUCUGUAGAAUGUUAUCUAUAUGAACUGUUGUUAUAAUGAUACUGUACAAUAACUAAUUACAUAACCACAUUAAGCCAAAGAAAUACAAAAAAAAAAAUCUUUGAAUUUCAGCAAGGGAAAAAAAGACAGAAAUGAAGCAUUAUUUGUCCAAAGACCAUCAGUAUCCUCUAGUGAAGAAAAUAAUUUCCUAAUUUGAAUAGUGAAUAGUUCCUAUAUCAUUCCUAUUAUGAAAUUUAAAGGAUCAUAUCUCCAGUUUUCUUUGGUCAGUCGAUGCCAAAUAAACACUUGGAUAGAGGUUAAAAUCCACGCUUUUGGGUCAUGUUGAGGGCAGCGCUCUAUAUCAAAUACUUCAUUUUUUACAGUGCUUAAAAGCAGUGUUUUUCAACCUUUUUAUAAUCACCGCACGUUUUUACAUUGGAAAAAAUCUCGCAGCACACCACAGACCAAAAAUGUUCCAAAAUUAUUUUCUGUACAGUUUAUUUAAUGAUAAUUUCUCAGUAUGUAUACUUACUUAGUGUAAAACCUGAGCCUGUUUAGAUGAACACAAAGUCAAUGUCCUUAUUCUUCAACGGCUCUCAGUCUUUCUGUGUUUUUAUUUUACUUAAAUUUUUUUUUUUUUUUUUAAUAGCAGUUAGGCUUGAAAAAGCUCAGAAUUUUCAGACGGGGACUUGAGCAAUGUCUUUAACCACAUUAGGGCCGAGCAUCUCACAGACAAUGGCUUUGCUGGCAGGUGGUAUUAAUGUCUCUGUCACGGUGUGGGACUUUUUGGAUUUAGCAACAAGUUCAGCAACAAGGUAACUGGCUUUGAAGGCUUUCUCAUUUACUUUUGUAGUUUUUCAUCUAAAAGUUGCCUGUUUCUCUGCGUUUUCACGAAGGCGAACAAAAUAGUCCCUUGACUUGUUUUGAAGGGACGUGUGUUUAGUUUGGAGAUGACGUUUAAACUUGCUUGGCACCAUGACGCUGUUGGAUAGCUGCUCGUGUCGCGUUCAAGAACUGCUCGGAUUUCUAGCCAUUAGCCACCUUGCAGUCCUGAACAAUGUGCUGGAAUAAAACACAGAGGGAGGAUUGACAGUCGCCACAAAUGGAUAGAAUAGAAAGGACACUUUCGGGUAUAUCGUCACAUGACCAGUCUAACCAUAUGAUGUGCAGUAGACGGGCUGGGGUCCACAUUGUCGCUGAUGGCUAGAAAUCCAAGCAAUUCUUGAACGCGACACGAGCAAUACCUCGCUCAUCUGCACAUGACUGAAACCUUUCUACCUACUCCUUCCUUCCUACCUAAAGCAACUCUGCCCGACGACGUAAAAAAAUAUAUAUGGCGGAAAACAAAAAAUGGGAUGGGGGCGUUAUAAUACUUAACGUUUUUUUACUUUACGCAGUUGGUUAUGGUCCCUAUUAACAGCAAUAAGUAAAGGACAACUGUAUAUGGCGGAAAACACUCAGGUGACUUGAAGUUCCGCUCUGAGACCCCCAAUUUAGCCAACUUUCAAAAUUGUCCGAUAUGCAUGUGUGAUACAUCAUUGGAAAGCUUAAAAUCUCAAAUUUUCGAAUGCCCUUGCUGAUGGAAGGAGAUUUUCACUCAAAAUCUCUCAAUACAUGGCCCCAUUCAUUCUUUCCUUUUCACAGAUCAGUCGUCCUGGUCCCUUUGCAUAAAAACAGCCCCAAAGCAUGAUAUUUCCACCCCAUGCUUCACAGUGGGUAUGGUGUUCUUCGGAUGCAAUUCAGUAUUCUUUCUCCUCCAAACACGUGAACCUGCGUUUCUACCAAAAAGUUCUAUUUUGCUUUCAUCUGACCAUAACACAUUCUCCCAGUCCUCUUCUGGAUCAUCCAAAUGCUCUCUAGCUAACCGCAGACUGGCCUGGACGUGUACUUUCUUCAGCAGGGCGACACGUCUGGCAGUGCAGGAUUUGAGUCCCUGGUGGCGCAUUGUGUUACUGAUAGUAGCCUUUGUUACUGUGGUCCCAGCUCUCUGUAGGUCAUUCUCUAGGUGCCCCCGUGUGGUUCUGGGAUUUUUGCUCCCCGUUCUUGUUAUCAUUUUGACGCCACGGGGGUGAGAUCUUGCAUGGAGCCCCAGAUCGAGGGAGAUUAUCAGUGGUCUUGUAUGUCUACCAUUUUCUAAUAAUUGCUCCCACAGUUGAUUUCUUUACACCAAGCGCUUUACCUAUUGCAGAUUAAGUCUUCCCAGCCUGGUGCAGGUCUACAAUUUUGUCUCUGGUGUCCUUCGACAGCUCUUUGGUCUUGGCCAUAGUGGAGUUGGGAGUGUGACUGACUGAGAUUGUGGACAGGUGUCUUUUAUACCCAUAAUGAGUUAAAACAGGUGCCAUUAAUACAGGUAACGAGUGGAGCCUCGUUAGAUCUCAUUAGAAGAAUUUUCCACUUUAAUUUGGAUAUAAAUUCUUUAAAAAUCAAACAAUGUGAUUUUCUGUUAUUUUUUUCCACAUUCUGUUCGUCAUGGUUGAGGUUUACCCAUGUUGACAAUUACAGGCCUCGCUAAUCUUUUCAAGUCGGAGAACUUGCACAAUUGGUGGUUGACUAAAUACUUAUUUGCCCCACUGUACAUCCACGAGAUGCCACAUAGUUUGGAGAUGACAUAACUAACCCUAAAACUCAGGGGUGGUAACCAUAAGCAGUCACUGAGGCGCCUGUAUGUAUUGAUACACCAUACAGGGUGACCCAAAAAAAAGUUUACACUCAGUCGACUGCUUAUUUAAAAGCCAUUGAAACAUAUCUAAAUAGGUUGUCAUGCUUAAGUGAUUCAUUAAGGUCACUCAAUGCAGCUGGUAAUCUCUCGUCUCUACAAUUCCUGUGCUUCUACUGAAAAUGAAGAAAACUUAAGCUGUACCUGAAUUGCUGCGUGCCGGUCUGACACCUACUGAGAUUGCAGCAAAUCUGAGAAUAUCCAGAUGUGCAGUCUACAAAGUUAAAAAGAAGCUGAAAGAUCCUGGAACAGCCUCACGAAAACCUGGGUCUGGAAGUGCCGAUCUGUGCAGACCAAAAAGUUGAUUGACAAAGUGAUAUGUGGCCACCCCAGAGUCCAGAUCUCAAUCCCCUGGAUUAUAACAUAUGGGCAACUGUGGAGGACAGUGCCUGUAAGAAGCCACAAACUUCUGUGGCAGCCUUGGAGAGGUCCAUUGUUAGAUCUUGGGAAAAGAUGACAGCAUCCUACAUAAAGAAGACCUGUCAAGCAUUCCGCAGGCGCCUGGAGGCUGUUGUGACACUUAAGGGAGGACACAUUGAAAAAUAGAGUGUACUGUACAUGUUCUUUACAAUAAUGUAUAAUUUGUGAUUAAAUUCUAAUUCUAAGCUGAAUAAACAUGGCAUUUAAGUUGUAUUA